GUACACUCUUGAUACCUGCACAACGAUGAAAUUGGCAAAUGACAUUUGUCAGAACAUAUCCCCGUCAUUAAGAGACGUGACGGUAUGCUUCCCAAUCCUAGCAUCUCUGAAAUUGGUACUAUUUCCAUAUUCUAGAGAAGUAAACAGGCACAGAACUUAAUUUCCCAAAGGCGGUCAUUUGAUGCAAAGCUAGUUUGAAUUUGUGGUCUGUUCUUAUGCAUACCUCUGUGGAAAUCACAGCACUAGAAAUUGAAAGAUUGAGAACUGAAACUAUCCAAGAGGUCUCAUCCAUUCUUUGGUUCCUACUUUACUGUGCACAUGGCCAUGUGCUUGCUGGGUGAAGGGCAAUCUUACAGUGAUGAUGCAGGCUGUGGAUAUUUAAGCUGUGAGAGUGGCUUUUCUGUAUUUAGCCAGAAGACCCAUGUUAGAUGGUUUGCUAAUGUGUGAGCAUUGAAUUUGUUUUCACCAUCUUGUAGGCACCCGGUGCAUAGAUAGUUUCUUAUAUUUAAAAAGAACAUAGUGUAUUUGGGUGUGUAUAGGAAAUGUUAAGCACCAAACACCCUGCGAUAAGGGAAGUAGGGUGCUAUGAGAAUAAUGGUGCCACCAAAUCGGAUGGUUAUUUGAUGGACGCUAAAGAAUUCCGUUCUGCUGAUAUCUGAAGGUAAGUCAGGACGAGGAGGGCUGCACCUAAGAUAAAGCUCAUAACCAGGUACCAUGCGAGGUGGUGGGACUGGGAACGGCUCGGAGUACAUUCCCAGCGUGGCUGGGGAAAGGUGAACGGACCCGGCGAGCUGGGGCUCUGCGCCUGCGCUGUGGGAAGCGCCUCGGGCCGGCGUCCUGCGGCUCCGUGCGCCUGCGCGCCAUCCUCCCGCCUUUUUCCGCGUUGUCUGCCUUUGUGCUCCACGACGGGACGCUCGCAGGUCUCGUACUUUUGGUGCCUCGGGAGGCCUGUGAGGAUGCUGAGGCCUGAGAUGUCGUCAUCCUCGCCCUCCGUUCCUGUGGUUUCCUCUUCGGCAGUGGCUCGGUCACAGGGUCCCCGCUACAGUUUCGGAUUCCGGGAGACCUCUGGGAGCCGCUCUUCGGCCCUGGCCUUCUCUGCGCCCACCCCUCCCGGCACGUCUGGGGCCGCAGGCGACCGGAGCAGCAGCAGCAGUCUCCCUCGCCUCCCGCCGAGCGCCGGGCCUGCUCGAGGUUCAUUCUUUGGAAACAAAAGAUCUUAUGCAGAAAACACAUUUGCAUCAAACUUUACUUUUGGUACGAGCUCAUCUUCUGUACGAGAUAGUAAUUAUCCUCAAAUGCUAAAAACUCCAUUGUCUGUUGGAAAUCCCCAGGGAUCAGGUUAUAAAAGUUGGACACCGCAAGUGGGAUAUUCAGCUACAUCCUCAUCUGCAGUUUCUGCACACUCCUCAUCAGUUAUUGUAGCUGUUGUAGAAGGGAGAGGACUUGCCAGAGGUGAAAUAGGAAUGGCAAGUAUUGAUUUAAAAAGCCCACAAAUUAUAUUAUCUCAGUUUGCAGACAACACAACUUAUGCAAAGGUAAUCACUAAACUCAAAAUUUUAUCACCUUUGGAAAUAAUUAUGUCAAAUACUGCUUGUGUUGUGGGGAAUUCAACCAAGUUGUUUACUCUGAUCACAGAAAAUUUCAAGAAUGUUAAUUUCACUACUAUACAAAGGAAAUACUUCAAUGAAACAAAAGGAUUAGAGUAUAUUGAACAGUUAUGCAUAGCAGAAUUCAGCACUGUCCUAAUGGAGGUUCAGUCCAAGUAUUACUGCCUUGCAGCUGUUGCAGCUUUAUUAAAAUAUGUUGAGUUUAUUCAAAAUUCAGUUUAUGCACCAAAAUCUCUGAAGAUUUGUUUCCAGGGUAGUGAACAGACAGCCAUGAUAGAUUCAUCAUCAGCCCAAAACCUUGAAUUACUAAUUAAUAAUCAAGACUGUAGGAAUAAUCACACACUCUUUGGUGUCCUAAAUUAUACUAAGACUCCUGGAGGAAGUCGAAGACUUCGUUCCAAUAUAUUAGAACCUCUAGUUGAUAUUGAAACCAUUAACAUGAGACUAGAUUGUGUUCAAGAACUACUUCAUGAUGAGGAACUCUUUUUUGGACUUCAGUCAGUUAUAUCAAGAUUUCUUGAUACAGAGCAGCUUCUUUCUGUUUUAAUCCAAAUCCCAAAGCAAGACACGGUUAAUGUAGCUGAAUCAAAGAUAACAAAUUUAAUAUACCUAAAACAUACCUUGGAACUUGUAGAUCCUUUAAAGAUUGCUCUGAAGAACUGUGACACACCUUUAUUAAGAGCUUACUACGGUUCCUUGGAAGAUAAGAGGUUUGGAAUUAUCCUUGAAAAGAUUAAAACAGUAAUUAAUGAUGAUGCAAGAUACAUGAAAGGAUGCUUGAACAUGAGGACACAGAAGUGCUAUGCAGUGAGAUCUAACAUAAAUGAAUUUCUUGACAUCGCUAGAAGAACAUAUACAGAGAUUGUGGAUGACAUAGCAGGAAUGAUAUCGCAGCUUGCAGAAAAAUAUAGUCUUCCUUUAAGAACAAGUUUUAGCUCUGCUCGAGGAUUUUUCAUCCAGAUGACUACAGAUUGUACAGCCCUACCUGAUGAUCAGCUUCCUUCAGAGUUUAUUAAGAUUUCUAAAGUGAAAAAUUCUUAUAGCUUUACAUCAGCAGAUUUAAUUAAAAUGAAUGAAAGAUGCCAAGAGUCUUUGAGAGAAAUCUAUCACAUGACUUACAUGAUAGUGUGCAAACUGCUCAGUGAGAUUUAUGAACAUAUUCAUUGCUUAUAUAAACUAUCUGACACUGUGUCGAUGCUGGAUAUGCUACUGUCAUUUGCUCAUGCCUGCACUCUUUCUGACUAUGUUCGGCCAGAAUUUACUGAUACUUUAGCAAUCAAACAGGGAUGGCAUCCUAUUCUUGAAAAAAUAUCUGUGGAAAAACCUGUUGCCAACAAUACUUAUAUUACAGAAGGGAGUAAUUUUUUGAUCAUAACUGGACCAAAUAUGAGUGGGAAAUCCACAUACUUAAAACAGAUUGCUCUUUGUCAGAUUAUGGCCCAGAUUGGAUCGUAUGUUCCAGCAGAAUAUUCUUCCUUUAGAAUUGCUGAACAGAUUUUUACAAGAAUCAGCACUGAUGAUGAUAUAGAAACAAAUUCAUCAACAUUUAUGAAGGAAAUGAAAGAGAUAGCUUAUAUUCUACAUAAUGCUAAUGACAAAUCACUCAUAUUAAUUGAUGAACUUGGCAGAGGUACUAAUACAGAAGAAGGUAUUGGUAUUUGUUAUGCUGUUUGUGAACAUCUGCUGAGCUUAAAGGCAUUUACACUGUUUGCUACACAUUUCCUGGAACUAUGCCAUAUAGAUGUCCUGUAUCCUAAUGUAGAAAACAUGCAUUUUGAAGUUCAACAUGUAAAGAACACCUCAAGAAACAAAGAAGCAAUCUUGUAUACUUACAAACUUUCUAAGGGACUCACAGAAGAAAAAAAUUAUGGGUUAAAAGCUGCAGAGGUGUCAUCACUCCCACCAUCAAUUGUCUUGGAUGCCAAAGAAAUCACAACUCAAAUUACCAGACAAAUCUUGCAAAACCAAAAGAGUACCCCUGAGAUGGAAAGACAGAGAGCUGUGUACCAUCUAGCUACUAGGCUUGUUCAAACUGCUCGAAACUCUCAAUUGGAUGCAGACAGUUUACGAACAUAUUUAAGUAAUCUCAAAAAGAAGUAUGAAGCAGAUUUUCCCAAGAGUGAACAAGUUUCAGGAGAGACUGAACAAUAAUAACAAUUCACAUCUUGUACUAAUGAAAUAAUAUAUCUUAAUAUGAGGAAACUAGAAUUCAUUUUUCCCAAAGGCAAAAGAAAAUAAAAUUUGCUAAAUUUUAUAUUUUAAUUGAAAAUUACAUUAUGUUAACCUCAGAGUUAUCAUCUAUAUAUUCUAUGUAAGAAAAUAUUUGUUGUUAUAACUUAAAUGAGAUCUAUUUAAAGGACUGAUUUUUAUGUUAGGAAAAAGUCUAAUGUGACACAUUUCUCAUUUAUGAAAAUUGAUUUUAUUACGUUUUAAGUUUAUAUAUACUUAAAAGGUAUGGUUUAAAAUGUUAUUGUAAAUACUUUAGUUAAAAAAACCUUUCCUUUUAGGCCUGGGAACUUAUGUGAGUUUUUCUUUAUAUUCUAUUCUGAAGCAAUAAUACCCUAUGAGUCAGUUUCUUAAUUAGUACCCUCAAACUCCAACAUAGGAUGCUUCUGCAGUUCAUUAGAAUGAUAUUAGGAAUUUUAAAGUUUUUUAAUGCCAUUCAGUAUAGUCCUAACGCAUGAAAAGAAACAACUAGACAUUUUGUAAUGCACAGAGUACUUCUGAAAGGGGCGUCACCAUCACCGAUCCUUUCAGUUUUCCAAAGAGCCAGGCAUUCAGUUUUCUGCUCACCAACCUCUCCUUUCCAAGUUCUCAUUUUUGGCCAUCUUUUUGAGGUGGUAACCAAGGCAGCAGAAAGGUAAUAUUGAUUUGUUUGCCUCCGUUGUUAGUUCACAAGGGAGCAUUUUAUAGAACCGUUUUUCCGUCGACGUGUGGCUUACACCACCAUUUCAGAGUUUACCCAAAGGUCAUUCUUGUUUCAUAAGUGGACAAAAGAAAAUGGAAGACCAUCAGUUGUUCAGUAACUGUAAAAAGCUGUCGUCUUCUCAAACACCUUAUUUCUAAAAUUCCAUCACAGUACAUGACUUAUUCAUAUAAUUUCAGACCAAAGACCUAAGAUAGGAAAGUUAUUCUUUUCUUGGAGCACUAAGUAUCUGGAACUCAGGGUAUGUAUUCAAUAAGCCACAGUAUUCAUAGAAACUUAGCCAAAAGAAAUUAUUCACAGACUGGUUAGGGCCCUUUUUUGGGUAAUAUAUGCAUAUUUUAUUUUACAAAAUUUAAUAUUAAUACUUUUGACUUUAUUAAACUCAGCAUUCUAAAUACAUGUUAGUAGCCAGAUAUAUUGGAAAAAGUUAUAAUUUGAAUGACAUCCUUUUUUGGAAAAGUAAAUGUAGACUAGUAUUAGUAUUUACAUUUGAUAUAUAUUAAAUGUUCUUUUAGACUACUUAUAUUCCCUAUGUCAUGUUUUAGAAAGAGAGUACCACAGUAUUUGAAUUUGACCAUUUUCCAUGUUUUAAUUCACAGCCUUUGAAAUGAAUUAUAUUUUAUGUGGUCAUUUCCAAAAGCAGUUAGAUUAUUUAGGCUUGCAGCAAAUUUCUAGAAGGCACUUAGGAGAAGAGGGCAUGGCAUAUUGUUUGGGAGGGCAGGAAAGAAAAGGGAGGAAGCAAUAAAAAGCAGAAGGGGAGCAGGCAGUAGAAGAAAAACGGGCAAGCAGAGACAGGUGCAAAGUAUUAAAUAUGCCGAGUAUCAUUUCCUCAAAUGUAUUAACUUCCUUUUAGAUUUAACCCCCAGUAUUAGAUUCCAUCAGACUUUUAAGAAAUUUUUUUUAUCAUUUAGAGCUUUUGAUGCAAAAACUGCAGCCAACUGAUUAAUCCCUUUUAUUUUAGAUUUGGAAUACUGAAAUAAAAAUAGGUUUAUCUCUUCUUAAAAUUAAAUUACUUUUUCUUCAAUCAUUUCAUGUGUAGCAGAAACAUACAAAAAAGCAAAUCAGAUGAAGAUAUAAUUAUUGUGUCAUGGUACUGUAUAAUAGAGGUGAAUACUAGAGAGACAAUCCAUUCUUUAAUUUUAAGGUCUAUUUGCUCUUCUCUUCACUACCUCUUCGCCUUUGCCUUUCUCUAAAAUUAUAGACCAUUAUCUCAUAAUCCAGCCUUUUAAGGUAAAUGUCCAUAAUGUUUUAGCAAACUCCUUUUAUUUCCACCUCAAAGCCAUUCUCUUAGUCUGUUUCGCUUUUCUCCUCACGUAAAGUAGUCUUUUUUUGAUCUAGGGGUAAGAUAUGCGGCAGUAGAGGAAAAGGGCAGCUUAUCCUCAUGCCUAGGGAAGUAAUGUAUUUGUUUAUUUUUAAAUUUACAUACAGUAAAAUUAACUCUUUGUUGGUGUACAGUUUUAUGAGUUUUAGCACAUUUAUGGAUUCAUAGAACCACUACCACAAUCAGGAUACAGAAUAGUUCCAUCACCCCCAGAUGAUUCCCUUAGUACUGUCCCUUUGUAGUUAAAUCCUCUGACCCCUAACUUUAACCCAGCAAUCACUGGGAAUGAUUAAGUAUUCCUCCCCUGUUGUUUUUUUCAGAAUGUCCAACAAAUGGAAUCAUAUAGCAUGUAAGCUUUUGAGACUGGUUUCUUUUACUCAGAAAAGUGCAUUUUAGAAUUUAUCCAUGUUAUUGUGCCUUUUUGCUGUUGACUAGUUUUCCAUUGUUUAUAUGUACCACCAUUUAUCCAUUCACACAGUCAAGGACAUUGGGUUUCCAGUUUUUGGCAGUUAUGAAUAAAGCUGUUAUGAAUA